AUGUCGAGAGCACUGGAUCCGGGAACAGCUUCGUCGCUUGAUACCACGGACAAUCUCAUACCAGUUUACCAUGAUAUUGCAGCAGCACUACGGAACACCUCCUCAGACCUCCUCGAGAUAGAGCUCCUAGGCACAAGUCACCCUUUACCACCAGGCCGCAACGUUUUGAUCGCGGGAAAAAGCAUCGGCACUACGAAAGUCAAGUUGGUGCAGGCGUUCAUGGUCGCACGGCGGAUCUUCUUCAGAUAUGUGAGGAAUUGUCCUGAAGAUAAGGAGGUGGAUCUCCUUGAUGCUACGGCUGUUAUGCUCUUGCUGGACCCGGAACAACUCACAGCCGCCAAUGAGCGGAAGAGACUUAUCAAGAAGCGUGAAAUCGUUCCAAAACUCGAGUUCGAGGCGCUGUUGAAAAAAGAGAUCCAGUUUGUAGACAGUUAUCUCACGUCACGACUCCAUCGGCACACCAAAUCUCCUACGCUAUGGGGCCAUCGUCGUUGGCUACUUGAGAUGGGAAAGAAGAUUGGAGUGCAGUAUGAUAUUCAACCAGACCUCACGAGCGUGGUGUUAGUGGCUGCGGAAAGACACUCUCGCAACUACUAUGCAUGGUCUCACCUGCGGUGGCUUAUUCAAACCUUCUCGGACACACCUACAUGUGUUCGAGACUUUUCGACGCCAACGAUAGACUCAGACUACCCCGGAACGAUGUCUGCUGUCAAAAAUUGGUGCUUGAAAAAUCCCAGCGAUACAUCCGGAUUCUCGUUUUUGCUGUUCUGCCUCUUUGGUGUUGCAGACGAAGAUUCAAACACAUCAGUCAGGAGUGAAAUGUGUUCGUCUGUUUGUACAGAUGUUCUUCGACUUGCAGUCUCUUUUAGAUGGACCCAUGAAUCGGUCUGGUUAUUCCUCCGAACAGCGGUGGCUUCCAAAUAUGCCACUGAAGAGCUCAGGGAAGCAUUCACCCGGGCCAUGGAAGAUAUUUCAACCGCCCAGACGCAGGGCCAGCCAAUCCUUGAGGCAGCGAGGGACUGGUGUGCGAGAAACCAACAGAUCAUUGGCAAUGCUUGA